AUGGACCAGAAGUACUUCAAUUUCCUCGAAUCGCACAAAGAUUGUAUUCCAUGUGGAUCCAUUGGAAAACCAAUCGAUAUUGCUAAUAUUAUUGCGUUCCUGGCUGAUCGUAAAUUGUCUUCUUAUAUCAUUGGACAAUCAAUUGUAGCCGAUGGAGGGUCCACUUUGGUCAUGGGAAUGCAAUCUCAUAAUAUGAUGGACAUUUUGAAAUCCUAA